AUGGUUCACUUCGAUAGCACCACUGGCGCACUGUACAUUGGAGGACUCCUGACGGCCAUACUGUAUGGUAUUACAUGUGUUCAGAGUUUCAUUUUCUUCCAGAGAUCCAAAUAUGACAGUAGGACGUUGCAGGGCACUGUGUGGAUGCUCUGGUUCCUUGACACGCUCCAUCUCGCAUUUUUAAGCCACGCUUUAUAUUGGUACCUUGUGACCAAUUACACCAAUCCUGCCGCUUUAGGCCUCAUUCCGUGGACUGUUAUGGCCGGGAUAGUAGUCGCUAACAUCAGCGACUGCAUCGUACGCGACAUGUUUGUGUGGCGGGUAUGGCGACUCAGUGGGAAGAUCAUAUGGCCAUGUAUUCUCCUUGUGCUCGUCAUUUUGGUCUUUGUGGCUGGAUUCGGUUUCGGUAUCAAGGGAUUCUUCGUCAAGUCCUUCAAGGAGUUCGCACAUAUAACCUGGUUGAUGUAUGUUGGCUUCGCGUUCUCCGUCAGCACGGACACCCUCAUCGCGGGCACGCUGUGCUAUACGCUGGCCAAGGCGCGAACCGGGUUCAAGAGGACGGAUUCACUCAUCAACGUGCUCAUGAUAUACUCCAUCAACACGAACGUCGUCACCAGCGCUUUCUCGCUCUUAUGCUUCAUCACCUACACGGCCAUCCCACGAAAUUUCGUCUUCCUCACCUUCUAUUUCCCCUUGAGCAAAAUGUACAUCAACGCCAUGCUCGCCUCGCUCAAUGCGCGAGAGUCUCUCAGAGGCCAGGGCGUCUCCACCGUCCCCUUCUCCACGCUCUCCUUCAUGACGCCGCCGCCGCCCGCCAGUAACACCAAAGACUCGAUGUCCUCCACCGGGGAAGGCAGCGUGAGCGCGAUCCACGUCAAGACCGUCGUGCACCAGUCGACGGAGAACGUGGUCCCCGGGAACACUGAGUCCCUCGACAGCGCUCCGCUGAACGACCCGUCAGACCGCGUAUAA